AUGAUAAAAAAUGAAAUGUAUUCAUCGGAUGAACAAAAGACAUAUAACUUAAAGAUUGUUUGGAGAAAUGUAUUUCUCAUGUGUUUCCUACAUAUCAGCGCUCUUUAUGGCGUUUGGAUCACUUUAAUGACAGCUAAAUGGCAGACAAUAUACGCCAUGUAUUUCUUCGGCAUAGUGUCAGCGAUGGGUGUAUUGGCCGGCGCUCAUAGGCUAUGGUGUCAUCGCUCGUACAAAGCAAAGUGGCCUUUAAGGCUAAUUCUGGCCAUUUUUGAGACAAUGGCUCUACAAAACGAUAUCUACGAGUGGUGUCGCGACCAUAGGGUUCACCACAAGUACAGCGAAACGGACGCCGACCCACACAACUCCAACAGAGGCUUCUUCUUCGCACACAUGGGUUGGCUAUUGUGUCGAAAACAUCCCGAAGUGAUCGCCAAAGGGUCCACCAUUGAUAUGAGUGACGUCUGGGACGACCCUAUAGUGCGCUAUCAGCGCAAGUUUUACAUACCCCUAGUCAUCAUCAUAUGGGCUGCCAUUCCUUCUUACAUACCAUUCCUCUUGUGGAACGAAUCCGUGUGGAACUCCUUCUUCACGUGUGUUACACUUCGCUAUACAUUUGUAUUACACAACGCAUGGCUCGUCAAUUCGGCCGCUCAUCUGUACGGCAGCCGACCCUACAAUCAAUAUAUACAGCCGCGUGAGAACCGAGCCGUACAGUACUUAGCACACGGAGAAGGUUACCACAACUAUCACCACACAUUUCCAUGGGACUACUCGGCCUCAGAGUUGGGAUGGAAAGACAAUUUCAAUUCGGCCACACUUUUCAUUGACUUUUUCUCGUUAAUCGGUUGGGCUUACGAUCGCAAGAAAGUGCCCCAAAAUGUUGUCAACCAAAGACAGGAGCGGACGGGCGAGAAGAAUGUCCACAGAAUGAGUCCACUGAUGGACUACUCGUACGGCUUUGUCAUCACAUUGGUUCCCAUUUGGCUCGCAUUCUUGGGCCGACUUAUCGUCACUCCUCUUAUAUUAUACGCAUUUUACUCAUAA